UCAAAUCCAGGCAGUCCCAACCUGACCUCCAAGCACCAAGGAACCGCUGACUGGGAAACCGGGAGAGAGAAAUCACCAAAAAAGAAUUAACAAAAACUUUGUGUCAUUAUUUUUGGCCAGUGCUCACACUGUAGCCCCCUCCCCUCCUCCCUCCCCAUCACUUCCACACCGGUGUGUCGCGUCAUUUGGACUAUAUAUUUUUUCCUCGAGGACAUUCACGGGAAGAAGGAAAAAUCUGGUGCACCAUCACCACCUCCUUCUGUCCCACCCAUGUUGUAGUUUCUUGGUUCCAUUUUUCUUCCAGUUGCCUUGCACUGUGGGGAGAAGCUGAUCUGAAUCUCUGGGGUUGAGUUGUUGUGUUGUGUGCCUCUCUCAGAGCCUCAGAGCCCAGUUGGAUGCGCUGAGACAGCGGGGCCCAUCGCUGCAGUUCAGUAUAUGGAAGUUGUGAGCUGCAAGACAGAGGCAGGCAGUUGCAAGUUGCGUCCAGGACCGGGAGCCAUGCUUUUCCACGGGAUCUCCGGGGAUCACAUCCAAGGGAUCAUGGAGGAGAUGGAGAGAAGGUCGAAAACCGAGUCGCGUCUGACGAAGGGGAUGCAGUUGAACGGGAGAGAGUCGACCAUUACUUCCAUGAGCCCCGAGAAGCCUGCUCUGUGUGCCGGCUGUGGCGGCAAGAUUUCGGACAGAUACUACCUCCUGGCCGUGGACAAACAGUGGCACCUGCGGUGUCUCAAAUGCUGUGAAUGUAAACUAGCGCUGGAGUCAGAGCUAACGUGUUUUGCCAAGGAUGGGAGUAUCUAUUGCAAGGAGGACUACUACAGAAGGUUCUCCGUGCAGAGGUGCGCGCGCUGCCACCUCGGGAUAUCGGCCUCGGAGAUGGUGAUGCGGGCACGCGACUCCGUGUACCACCUGAGCUGCUUCACGUGCACCACCUGCAACAAGACGCUGAGCACAGGUGACCACUUCGGCAUGAAGGACAGCCUGGUGUACUGCCGGCUGCACUUCGAGACGCUGGUGCAGGGACCGGACUACCACCAGCAGCUCAACUUCGCCGAGCUGGCGGCCAAGGGCGGCGGCCUCACUCUGCCUUACUUCAACGGCACCGGGACAGCACAGAAGGGGAGGCCGCGCAAGAGGAAGAGCCCGGCCAUGGGGAUAGAUAUACCCAGCUACACCGGCUGUAACGAGAACGACACGGAUCACAUGGACCGGGACCAGCAGUCCUAUGCUCCGACACAGAAGACCAAACGCAUGCGGACGUCCUUCAAGCACCAUCAGCUGCGGACAAUGAAAUCCUACUUUGCCAUCAACCACAACCCAGAUGCCAAGGACUUAAAGCAGCUGGCCCAGAAAACAGGCCUCACUAAGAGAGUUCUACAGGUUUGGUUCCAAAACGCAAGAGCCAAAUUCAGAAGGAACGUUUUGCGACAGGAGAAUGGAGGUGUUGAUAAGGCUGAUGGCACCUCACUCCCUCCACCCUCAUCUGACAGUGGGGCAAUGAGCCCCCCCUCCAGCGCGGCCACACUAACAGACCUGACAAACCCCUCUAUCACUGUAGUGACCUCCGUCACCUCUAGUUUGGACAGCCAUGAUUCGGGGAGCCCUUCACAAACUACCUUGACAAAUCUUUUCUAACAAGCUAUCCCGAACAGACUGUUUUUUUUUUUAUCUGUUUUUAUUUUGUUUUUGUUUUAUUUCCUCAAUUUACAUUUUAUUUUUUUAAGUGACACCUUUAAAUCUACCAGAGACAGCUCCUUGGAUCUGAAAGUGCUGUACUGUGUACACAAACAAGAACAACAAGAGCAAGAACAGCAGCGACCACAUUAAAACACGAGGAAAUCAUUUUAAUGUGUAGCAUCUUAAACCGCAUGGCAGCCGUGUCUGUAGUUGACUUACAGUUUGCAGAGAUUGACUUUGGACGGGACAUUUUUGAAGUUGAAGGCAUUACAAAAUUGUUAUGGAUCUCACAAUUCAUCAAAAAAACUAAGAGCAACUAAACUUAAAGCGUGUCUGGAAAUCUUACUUGAUUUGACUUUAUUUGUACAUUUGUAAUGAAUUAUGAUAAAACAAGCCCUUCCUAAUUUAUGGUUAAUUGGUACAUUUUAAAAUACUAUGAAUAUUUUGCGCUGAGAAAUCCUGUAUAUGUAUGCACUGUUUUCGCACUAUCCAAUUUGAAGAUUUCUUUCUGUUUUGGCAUAAUUUGGGAAAUAAACUUGUAGAAUGUUCUGUUUAUGGGUAACUCCAGAAAACAGGCUUUAAUAUUUCCGAAUGUUUCAGUCUUAAUGACUGAGUUGGAUGGAAUCAGACAUGGAGAGAUCUCACACAGCUACAUGUAAAACGUCAAAAUUGCAUUAUAAGCGCCUAACCAACGCAGCUUAUAUGGCAGCUAGAUGCUGAAACCACAUUCAUUUUUGUUUUGGUUCACAAAUCUACUGUGAAAAAAGCUAAUCCCACAAUCUGUACAGUGGUAACUGUUCAACAUGUAAUGCAGUCCGUUUGAUAGAAGUGGUUUGAUAAUUUGAAAUCAGCAGGAGAAAUUGGGAUCAGAGAACAGUUUAUGCAUGCUGUUGCAAUCGAUUGUUUUCAUGACAGAGCACUUUUUCAGAUUUGUUAGCCUCUCAGAUUAACCGUAGUCAAAUGGAUAAAUCCUAGUAAACAUAUCCAUAGAUCCACAGCUAAACUCAAUUGCACAGUGACAAUAUACUGCCCAGUGAAAAGUGCAUUAUUGUUUUUAUCAUGUUGCUCAGGGUAACGAUGCGAUUUUAAAAGGGGAAAGGAGUAGGGGUGAGAAAUUAAGUGGUUGCGACGUUGCAGACUAGAUUUGUAGAGCUGACAUGAACAAUAAAAAUGACCUCAGAUAGGUGGAGUCGACCGAGGCAGCCAGUGGGAAAUCAUUGUCCAUGUGUUCUCCUUUUUGGCCAUAUUUAUACUUUCUUUUAUGACACUUGCCACUGAACAGACCAAAAACAUGUUUCUUCUGGCUGAAAGAAAGAGAGAAAAGAAAGACAGAGCAAAUCUUCAAUAGAGUUGAUACAUUUCAUUGUGGGCGUCACAAUUUGUUCUAUUGUAGAACAAAGUGGUUCUCUAGAUCUACUUCAUGAAGUAGAUGCCUAACUCAGUUCUGCUAUGUGCCUUACGCUAUAACUUGGGAGAAAGUUUGUGAUAUUCAGGAUAUAUGUGUUCUUUGUUAACUGAUUCACAUCCUUUUGACGCCUCACUAGUUUUGUACUGUUUUGCAUCUUAUUUCCGAAGAUCUUUUUAUGGUGUAUCCUGUUAAAAAGGGGGCAGCGAUGUCAUAGAAAGCAUUUGUGCACUCUUUCAGAUAUAGUUGGGUAAUCCAAGAACCUUAUAUAUUGAUCUUCGUGUUAAUAGUUGAGUACAGUAAGUGUUCUAUCAAGAUUGUCCAUGUUUCCCUGUUUCUUGAUAAAGAUGGUGUAUAGAAACUAUUUCCCCCUAAAUAUUUAUGGACCAAACGGUUGUUAUAUAUCUUAUUAAA